CUGGUGCAGUUUAUACAAUCACAACACUUCACCAGGCAAAGGUUACCACUAUUAGUAUACGAAUUUCCUUCAGUUACAGUAAUCCGAUUUCAGGGCAUAGCUGACCUUUUCUACAUUGCGUGUUAUACGGUGUUUAUCGUGCUCGCUACCGUAGCUACUGAUCGAGAAGUUGAUCAUUUUUUCGAGUAUACGGUAGCCAAUAUAAGCUAUAAGGCUCUUUAUUACACACUGAGCUUGCGGUGUUUCGGUGUGACAUUGAUCUCAGUUCAACGAUAUCUGUGCAUAUGCAAGUGGAAUACUUACUUUAAUGAGGUUGUGGCUUUGACUCAUUGGACGGCUUCUUUACUAUUUGUCAUUCCGAUUUUUACUAUGACUUCCAUACGCUUUGGCUGCGUUUGUAAAAAACUUGUUGCUAUGGAUCCGAUGGACUUC